UUCCCCUCCCCUCUCCUCCCUUCUCCCCUUAUUAAAUCAAAGCGCACCUACCUUUUUCUCCUCUUUAAUCGAAGAUUUUUAAAGAAGCAACUUGCGCUUCGUUUCGCAAAGGUGGCAUCGAAAUUAGAUUUGGAGCAGAAUUGUGGCCGCGAGUUGGAGGAAGCGGCAGCCAUGGCGGAGGAUCCAUCGUGGAACGCAGACAAGAUCAGCUUGGAUGUGUACAUCCAUGAUUACUUGGUGAAGAGGAACCUGCAGAAAACUGCAAAGGCAUUUCAAGCAGAAGGCAAUUUGUCUCCAGAUCCUGUUGCAAUUGACGCCCCAGGGGGGUUCCUCUUCGAGUGGUGGUCGGUCUUCUGGGACAUCUUCAUUUCAAGGACUAACGACAAACAUUCCGAUGUUGCUAAUUCGUACAUUGAGACACAGUCGAUCAAAUCUCGAGAGCAGCAGUCAUCAUUGGAGCAGCAGCAGCAGCAUGUUCAUGCCCAGCAGUCACCACAGCAGAUUCAUAUGCAUCAGCUCCUGCUACAGAGACAGCAGCAGGAGCAACAACAACAGCAGCAACAUCCUCAGCAGCAACGGCGCCACCAGAAGCAACAACAGCGCAACGAUAGCAAUUAUUUGCCCGCUAGUCCUCAGAAUGGUUCAGUAUCUGCUGAUCCUCCACCACAACUAAAUACUGUAGCGACAAAUUCUUCGUCUCCAAAGAUAUAUGAAGAGAGAAUGAAGAUUCCUGUGCAGAGUGACACCUUGGAUGAUGCAUCAGUAAAGCAAAGGUUUAAUGAAAACAUUGGGCAGCUGCUGGAAUCAAACCCGGCAUCUUUGCUGAAAUCUUCCGCAUUAUCAGCUCAUGCUUCAGGGCAAAUAUUUCAAGGAUCUGCUGGUGGAGUGCCAGGUACUUUGCAACAAGCUCAGGCCAGAAGCCUACAGCUUCAGGGAUCAACACAGGAAAUCAAGGCAGACACAAAUGCCACUCUAAAUCUUAGGGCUGCAGGCGCAGACGGAUCAUUACUUGGAAUACCAGGCACUAAUCAAGCAGGGCAUAAUCUGACCUUGAAAGGGUGGCCUCUUACGGGGUUAGAUCAGCUUCGAUCUGGAUAUCUACAACAAAAAUCUUUUGUUCAGACUCCCCAAGCGUUGCACCAUCUUCAGUUUCUCACUCCACAGCAGCAACAGCUUCUGCUUCAAGCACAACAAAAUAUUACAUCGUCAUCUACGGAGAUGGAUGGCAGAAGGCUUCGGAUGCUUUUGAGCAGUCGAAACAUGGUUCCUGGAAGGGAUGGCCCGUCAAACGCAUUCCCAGAGAUUAUUCCUAGUGUGGGGCCUUCACUGCAAAACAUGUAUUCACAUGGGCAGCGCCUCGAGACAGAUAUGCUGAUGAAGAAGAUAGCAGCUAUGCAGCAGCAACAACAAUGCAGCAGUCAGCAACAACAAAGCAGUAGUCAGCAGCAGCUCCUUCAACAAUCAUUACUGAGUCAGCAACCACAAAGCUCAAAUCACUACCUUGACUUUCGUGGCCAUCAUGAAAAAAUGGUUGCUGGAAGUGGUGUUAUUAUGGAUGGACUCUCGUGCAAUUCCUUUCGUGGAAAUGAACAGGUAUCCAAGAAUCAAAAUGGGCGAAAACGCAAACAGCCUGCCUCAUCAUCUGGUCCAGCUAACAGCUCUGGUACUAUGAAUACUGCUGGCCCCUGUCCCAGCUCGGCACCCUCAACCCCUUCCACAGAUACUCCAGGAGACACCGUCUCAAUGCCAUCGAUGCAUCAUAAUGCAAGCAUAUCAAAGUCUAUGGUUGUUUUUGGUGCCGAUGCUCCAGGCACAGGGGAAUCGCCAACAGAUCAAAUUGUCGGCAUGGAUCGUCUUGGGGAGGAUGACUGCUUGGGAGAUAAUGUGGACUCGUUCCUGUCGCAUGAUGAUGCCGCAGGUCCAAGUGAUGCCCGCAGUCGUUGUAUGGCUUCUGCUAAAGGAUUGACCUUCCGAGAGAUUUCUUCAGCUCGAGCAAGCACAAACAAGGUUGUUUGCUGUCACUUCUCAUCAGAUGGAAAGCUACUUGCUACUGGGGGUCAUGAUAAGAAGGUGGUCUUGUGGCAUGCUGAAACUUUGAAACAAAAAGCAACAUUGGAGGAUCAUUCUCUUCUGAUAACUGAUGUACGGUUUAGUCCAAGCGGUCCACUUCUUGCUACAUCAUCAUUUGACAAAACUGUCAGGGUCUGGGACGUAGACAAUCAAGAUGUCGCAGCUUGCAUGUUUACGGGGCACUCAGCAUCUGUUAUGUCACUGGAUUUUCACCCAAACAAGGAUGACCUCGUGUGUUCUUGUGACGGGAAUAGUGAGAUACGAUUCUGGAGUAUCAACAAUGGAAGAGCUGUCCGAAUUUUCAAGGGAGGUUCGAGCCAGGUGAGAUUUCAGCCACGUCAUGGUGCAUAUCUUGCAGUAGCUUCAGAGAAUGUUGUGUCUAUACUGGACGUGGAAACACAAGCUUGUGUGAGGAGAUUUGAGGGCCACACCGGUCAUGUUGAUUCAGUGUGUUGGAGCCCCUCUGGUGAAUAUCUUGCCUCCACCAGUGAAGACACAGUGAAAGUAUGGUCUUUGAAUUCCGCCAGCGAGAACAGCGUUCAAGAACUCAACAGCAACGGGAACAAGUUUCACGCGUGCACUUUCCACCCUUCGUAUCCAUCUCUGCUCAUCGUUGGCGGCUACCAGUCUCUUGAGCUGUGGGACUUGCUGGAGAACAGAAGCAUGACUGUCGCGGCGCAUGACGGCCUCAUCUCCGCCCUGGCCUCCUCGAGCUCUGGCCUGGUUGCUUCUGUCAGUCAUGACAAGCAUGUCAAGCUGUGGAAAUGAACCGUUCCCGAGCUCGCCCUCACCGCGCUCCGAUCCGUAACCAUGGAUGGGCGCCUUUUUGUUGCACCGUGAGCUGCUCCCCGGCUGGUCCGCUGUGUCGCUGGUGGAGACUCUAGAUAGUUAGUAUAGUCCCCUACUUAUGCAGAACUGGAUAUAUGUUUGGCUGGACCGUUGGAGUACAAUCUGUUGGUUGCUAACCCUGGAACCGUUGAGGGUGGAUUAUUACUAGUGCUGGGACACUAGCCUUUUGUAUAGGACAUCAGCUAAUAUUUAUAGUGCAUCUCAGUCUCAGGUUUGACUGACACCUGCAAUCCUGAUCUCUGAAAUGGUUAUGGUCUGAGAUGUGUUAGGUUGUUACUAGUUCGUACUUCUUACUGCAUCUCAAUGAAAUGACCAUUGCUUUUCUUGAAA